GACGGGCGUAAUAAAUGGGAGAAGACGUCUACCUGAGGAUAUAUAAAUUGCCGGUUAUUCGUUCACCAUUUCAGAAUUCGCUGAACUUCUUCAUUUCAGUUUCUUCGAUCAAAAGGUGCUUAAAAACAGGAUAUUGAGAUUACUCUUUAUCAGCUUGAUACCUUCAAGAGCGUCUUUUCCGGCCUUCCCCAAAAUGGCUUUGACUGUGCGCGAAAUAUUCAAUAUUUCCCUUAUGUUUUACGCGGCUUUUAACUGCGUAAUUUGCAGUCGAACAAGUCAGUUAUUCCUCGAAAGAUACUGGAACCCUUCUACCACUCUUUCUCAAGUACGCGAGCUUACUGCCAAAACGAACUCGCCGUUGGAAGCAAAGCGAACCGGCAAUCCUAACCAAGCUGGUACAUGGUACCUUGGCAAACGGUCUGAUCUGCAGCAAGCAAUUCACGAUAACGACUCCCAGAACUCAAAAUCAGGGAUCAGCAGUCCUUCUGCCAUGACGCACAACUCUGCCGGAUGGGAAGCACAAAGUGACCUUAAUGGAAAGUUUACAGGAAGGUCCGCUACGGAUCUAUUCGACACCCUCAAUACUCCGCGCCUCAAACGCAGUACGUCGGAUAAACCAAAGGUCACCAAUGAAAAGCCGACCUGGUAUCUGGGGAAACGAUCGGCCCACCUGGAAUCGCGGAGUGCUCACGUUAGCCAUCUAGUACGACAUUCAAGGGCGCGCAACACUGGGGAGAAAACAGUCGGCGACAAAGCUCCCUGGUAUCUCGGAUAAGCCAUGUAUUGUCAAAGCAAA